AUGCGUUCUCAUCUCUUCAUUUUUCCUCUGAAAUUAAUCACAGCUUCCUUAGUGUGCCCAACGUGGCCGCAAACCCUUGCUCUUCUACCUAGCUACGAGGAUGAGAAUUACUCCCACAUCGACCAUAAUCUCCACCUCAGUCUAGCGCCACCUAAAGUAUACCCCGCUGACCCAGAGGAUAGCCCAACAUUUCCGUCUAUAGACCCAUCUUUUAGAUGGCGACCAGCUCCUCUCAAUUUUGCAAAGAAUUUUAUGGUUGAUGCUUCGGGUACCAGCAACUCCUGGGCUCCUAUCAAUUCUGGACAGGAAGAAGCUGUUACUGCAGUCCCAUCUACCACUCUAUCCUUAGGGAGGAACUUCCUGAAUAAUAAAUGGGCUGCCGACAAUCACCAGAGCCGCCUGAAAACUGAUCAAGCAAAUGCGGUCACUACGAAUCCACCUGCUGCGGUACAAAGCCAUUCGCCAGUGUUUGACAUGGCUGGAGGAGAAUUCCCGAUAGACCAGCCAGAUAUCAGCUAUCAUGAGAAAUCCAUGCAGUCAAGUAAAGCUGUUAUUACUUGCGCCCCCCUGAGGCCAUCUCCCGGUUUGGCCUUAGAAACUUCACCGGAUUCAUUCGGAGUUGCAGGAGACAUCAUUAAUAAUGUUUCGGCCGGCGUUGAUUCUCCGGAUUCUAUUCCACCAAACCUUCAAGAUGAAGAGAUCAGAUCGGGGCUUGGCGAAUAUCAGUACAAAUCACCGAUGUCAAUAAACAAUACUGUGAAGGAUGAAUACAGCAUUUCCAAUCCCAGAUUCAAGAUUUUCUCGCGAGUACACCCACCCAACACAGACUUUUACAAUUCUGCGGGUCAGGGUAUCAGAUCGAACCCUAAGAAAAGGCCUCUCCAAUCACAGGAAGACAUAAAUUUCGUUGAUCCAACCUCAAAUUUGGCUGCCAAAGCUUCGCAGUCUCAGCUAGAUGCCCACCAGCUCCUACGGAUUGUCUUCAGCUAA